GUAUAUUUUCUUUAUAGAUUAGCAUGGUCCAAUUAAACAAGGCAAUCAAAUCAAAUUUGAAAAAAAUAAUAAUAAAAAAUUCAUAUUAAAUCAUAUUAGAUUAGAAGAAAUAAAUUUAGAUUAUACUAGAUAAAUAAAAAUAAGGUGAAAAAAACAUAACGUAACAUAGACGCGCAUGAGCAUGAGAGUGGGAAAAGAGAGCAUAGGAUCCGCAACGUCCUCGUUAGACCGCACCUAACAUCAUGAAUUUCCUACGUCCCCACCAUCCCAACCUUCACCUCAGUAAUCUCACUUUCAACAGAUUUAAUAAUAAUUUAAUUAAAAUACUAGAAAAAUGACAAAUUAAGUGCAUUGACAAUUAGAUUUGUACUAACCAUAAUCUCCCAAAUACCACUGUCCAAAUUACAAUUUCAGCACCUACUAAAAAGUCAGCUCAUUUGUGUCAUCAUUUCUUUUUCUAAAUCCACCCUAUAAAAUUACAAAUAUGAAAAAAAAACUUUCUUUUUAAGUCAAUUUGUACAACCCAAUUUGCCUGUUUAUUCUUACUAAAACCUCUGUGUUUUCUUCUCUAUACUAGAUUCUAUCCACAUUAUUUUUUCAGUUUGGAUAUCCGAAUUUUCGGAUUUUCAAUUUUGUAACGCGGGGUCAAAUGUUUUUUUUUUUUAUUAUUUUUUUUUUUAAAGGGUGUUGGUUUGUUAAAGAUGUUUAAUUUCUUCCAUUAGAAGGCAAUUGUAGAAGAAGAUUAUUAAAGGUGUAUACAGUAAAAAUCAACAAAUUUUUUCUUUCUCUCUCUCCUCAUUUAAUAAACUUUUUGCCCACAAAAAUUGCUCAACUACUCCUGCUACUACUACUCUACCCCAUUUCAAGAUCUGGGAUUUGUUCUGAGUUGGGAUUGAAGUGAAAAUUGUCACUUCAAUUUGAAGUUGUUGUUAGUUGGGGUUUUUCAACUUUCUCGGUAAUAUUUCUGGGAAAUUAAUUUCAUUUUCCUGGGUUAUUGUGCUACUAUUUUUUUCAAUAAACAAUUAAUCUGGGGGGUUAGAAUUUCUUGAGCUGGGUUAUUUUUUUAGGUUAUAAUUUCCCUUAUUUCAUGGUCUUUGAAUGUGAUUACAGAUCUCAGUGGGGUGUACUACUUGUAUGCUUAAUUGCUUCAAUUAUAAGUUGCUUAUUUUGCGGAAUUAAUGUAAUAUUUUUGAUUUUGUGAAGUGGGUAGUUUUUAAUUCAGUCAAAAAUCUCACAUUCAAACAAUUGGGGUUUCUGGGUUUUUGUGGGAUUUUCAUGAUUUGUGUAAUAGAAUAUCUGGGAAUUCUUUCUGUUUGGUAUAUUGGUGGAAAAUUUUGUUUCUUUGGUGAUUCAAGGUGAGAUUAUUGAGUCAGAUUUUCGGGUCGUUUUCGAAACCAGAUGGUUUGGAUUUGUCAAAAGAUUGAGUGACAAAUUUGGCAAUGGUGGCAAUGCAGGCUAUGUCAAUUACUUUCCUGAAGUGUGUGUUGUUGCUUUGGUUUGUGGUUUCCAUUCCUGGCUUCGAAACCAUUAGCCAGGCAUGCGAUUCAAAUGACCUCAUUGCUUUGAACCAUUUUGCUGGCAAUCUCACAAAUGCAGCAAAUGUGUUUGCUUGGGUCAACACCACCACCACAACCAAAUGCUGUGAAUGGGAUGGUGUUUCCUGUGAUAAUUCGAGUGCGAAUAAUAAUGUGUCUGCUGUAAGUAGGGUGAUCAGGUUGGUGUUGAGGAAUAAGGGUCUUAGAGGAGUGAUUUCGCGCUCCCUCGGUUACUUAGACCGGUUGGAGAUGCUUGAUCUUUCAGGGAACUAUCUUGAAGGUAGAUUGCCUGUUGAGCUGUCGAAUUUACGACAGAUGGUUAUCAUUGAUGUUAGUUUCAAUAAGUUAUCUGGGUCAGUUGUGGAAGCAUUUUCUGGGUUGGAAGGUGUUCAAACUGUGAAUCUUUCCAGCAAUUUUUUCAAUGGGACACUUACUGAUUUUGGGGUGUUCCCUAAAUUGGCAGUGUUCAAUAUAAGCAACAAUUCGUUCACUGGACAGGUGAAUCCCAGAAUUUGCAGUUCGAGUACGAUUAAGAUCAUCGAUAUUUCGAAGAAUCAGUUCACUGGUGUGCUUCAGAGCUUGGAGAAUUGUACAUCGUCUCUGGAGCAGUUGCACGCAGGCGAUAAUUCGCUUUCUGGUGAGCUUCCGAGCUUUAUCUAUGAUAUGUCUUUGUUGAAGCAGUUGUCAAUACCUUUCAACAAUAUCUCUGGUGAAAUAAGUGUUGAAAUCAGUAAGCUUUCCAACCUUACAAACUUGAUAAUUUCGGGAAAUCACUUUUCUGGCUUAUUUCCUGAUGCAUUUGAUAAGCUGACUAAACUAGAACAAUUCAUUGCACCUUCAAAUAUGUUUUCUGGGCCAUUGCCCUUGAGCCUAUCUCAGUGCACUAGGCUUCGGGUGCUUGAUCUUAGAAACAAUUCUUUCUCUGGCUCUAUCGGACUUGAUUUUACAGGACUAUCGAGUCUUACUGUACUUGAUCUUGCCAGUAAUUUUCUGAAUGACACCAUUCCAACUUCACUUUCUAGUUGCAAGAAACUGAGAACGUUAAGCAUGGCUAAGAAUGAGUUACAUGGUGAGGUACCGGAAAGCUUUGGAAACCUUGAAUCUCUUUCCUUUCUGUCAAUGUCAAACAAUAGCUUGGUGAACUUGACAGGAGCAUUGUCAACCCUGCAGCAAUGCAAAAAUCUUAUAACACUUAUCCUCACUAGAAACUUCCAUGGUGAAGAAAUUCCGAGAAGUUUACCAGGGUUCGAUAAGCUAAGAGUUCUGGCACUUGGAAAUUGUGGUCUACAUGGUGAGGUUCCUUUUUGGUUACAGAAUUGUGAUAAGUUAGAAGUCCUUGAUUUGUCGUGGAAUCACUUAAAUGGGAGAAUUGCUUCUUGGAUUGGGCAGAUGGAAAAUUUGUUCUACUUGGAUUUCUCUAAUAAUUCGCUUUCUGGGGAGAUUCCAAAAACGUUAAUGCAGCUCAGUAGCCUGAUCAAUCCGCGUAGUUUUUCAUCAGAUCCUUCUUCGAUCAAUGGCAUCCCACUUUAUGUGAAGAGAAACAGCUCUUAUGGCUUGCAGUAUAACCAACUCUCCAGCUUUCCACCUUCUCUAUAUUUGAGCAACAACAGAUUUAAUGGGAUUAUACCAGUCGAGAUAGGGCAGUUGAAGCAACUCCAUGUGCUAGAUUUCAGCAAAAAUAACAUCACAGGGACCAUUCCUGAUUCUAUAUCGAACAUGCCGAAUCUUGAGGUCUUAGAUUUGUCCUUCAAUGACCUAUACGGAUCAAUACCUCGAUCACUUGAUAAACUCUCAUUCCUUUCGAAAUUUAGUGUUGCACAUAAUCAUUUACAGGGACAAAUACCAUCAGGAGUACAGUUUCAGGGCUUUCCAAACUCAAGCUUUGAGGGCAAUCUUGGCCUUUGUGGGUCAACUCAAGCUCCUCCUUGUAACAAUGACCACAAUAUGAAUAUUCCUUCUGAUUCAAGCAAUAAAUUAGGUAGAAGAAGCAUUAUUGGGAUAAUAAUAAGUGUUGGUGUUGGUAUUGCCUUGCUCUUGGCAGUCCUUUUGCUGAAAAUGUCCAGGAGAGAUGCUCGAGCUUCUUCGGUUGAUUUUCUAGAUGAAGAGAAUGGCCGGCCUCCAAGACUGUCUGAAGGGUUUACUACUGCAAAAUUAGUGCUUUUCCAGAACUCAGAUUGCAAGGAUCUAACAGCUGGGGAUUUGCUGAAAUCCACUGAUAAUUUCAGUCAGGCAAAUAUUAUUGGUUGUGGUGGAUUUGGUCUAGUAUACAAGGCUAGCCUUCCGGAUGGCAGUAAAGUUGCUAUCAAGAGGCUUUCUGGGGAUUGUGGUCAAAUGGAGCGUGAAUUUCGUGCAGAAGUGGAAGCUUUAUCAAAGGCUCAGCACAAGAAUCUUGUUUCCUUGCAAGGCUACUGUCAGGUUGGUGAUGACAAAUUGUUGAUCUACUCUUUCAUGGAGAAUGGAAGCUUGGACUAUUGGUUGCACGAGUGUAUUGAUGGUGGGUCAGCCCUUAAUUGGACUGCAAGAUUGAGAAUAGCUCAAGGUGCUGGUCAUGGCUUAGCAUACCUCCAUAAGGUUUGUGAGCCAAAUAUAGUCCACCGAGACAUAAAAUCUAGCAAUAUUCUUCUUGAUGAGAAAUUUGAAGCCCAUUUGGCAGAUUUUGGAUUGUCAAGAUUUCUUCGUCCUUAUGAUACCCAUGUAACAACAGAUUUGGUUGGAACUCUCGGCUAUAUACCUCCUGAAUAUAGCCAGACAUUAACUGCUACCUUCAAAGGUGAUGUUUACAGUUUUGGCGUUGUCCUUUUGGAGCUUCUUACUGGCAGGAGACCCGUUGAAGUCUGCAAAGGGAAAAAUUGCCGGGAUCUGGUGUCAUGGGUGUUUCAGAUGAAAUUAGAGAAGAAAGAAGAGCAAGUGAUAGAUCCAUUCAUUUGGGACAAAGAUCGGGAGAAGCAACUAUUGGAGGUUCUGUGUAUUGCCUGCAGGUGUUUGGAUCAAAAUCCAAGGAACAGGCCUUCCAUAGACCAAGUUGUUUUAUGGCUUGAUGCCAUUGGUGCCGGUUAAAAGUGUUAUAAAAUGUAGAUUUUACUUAGUUUCAGGCGAUAAUACCUUUAAUUCUGUAAAGAGGCUAUAGUAUUGUAUCAAGAUUGGGUAGCUUAAGUUUUCUUUGCAGUAAUUCACUCUAUACAAACAAAGCAUAAUCCUUUAUAUACUUAGGCCAAUUUGGUCACUUCUAUUGGAAAUAAACUUAAGUUUUUCCAAUUGUUCCUUA